CCCUACUCGUGGGUGGUGGUAACAGGCCUGCAGCAACGCUCCGACUUCAGCAGCCACAGCCAUGUGAUGGUGGUGUCGAAGAUCAUCCGGCACCCGGCCUUCGACAGGGAGACGCUGCACAACGACAUAGCGCUGCUCAGACUGUACCGCAGCAUCGUCUACACCGCCUACAUUCAACCCAUCUGCCUGCCCAGGGACACGGGCACCGUGCCCGAGCUCAACCCCUGCUACAUCAGCGGCUGGGGGGCGAUGGAGACCAACGGCCCGUCCUCAGACACCCUGCAGGAGGCUGAGGUGAAUCUGAUAUCCAACGAGGUGUGUAACCAGGAAGACUGGUACGAUGGUAUUAUCACCUACUACAUGCAAUGUGCUGGCUAUGAGGGUGGUCUUAUCGAUGGCUGCCAG